UAAAUAUACAUACGAAAUCUAUGAUGUGAUCAUCCUACGCACAUUUCAUAUAUCUCCAACCAUGGAUGAUUUCAUUUCUCCAUUCCACAAAAUUAUUAACACCAUAUUAGCUUUGCUUCUGGUUCUCUGUUGUGCAUUGAGAAUAAUCGCAGCAUACACUAAGCAAAACAAGAAGAAGAAUAUCAUCAACAACACAAAGACAGAGACCAGAUCGUUGACCAAAGUCCCUCAACCUCCAGGAGCAUGGCCUUUCAUAGGUCACCUUCAUCUCCUACAUGGCAAAGAUCCAGUUGCCCUAAUUCUUGGCGCCAUGGCCGAUAAAUUCGGUCCGAUCUACUCACUUAAGCUUGGUCCGCGCCAAGUAAUGGUGGUGCUUAGCGCUUGGGAACAAGUAAAAGAACGCUUCACAAAAAACGAUAUUGCUUUCUCCACACGACCGAGUACAGCAGCCGGCAAACACUUGGGUUACAACAACGCUAUUUUUGCCCUAGCCCCGUACGGACCCUACUGGCGCGACAUCCGGAAGUUGGCUACUCAGGAGUAUCUCUCAGCCCAAAAGGUUGAAAUGCAUAGUCACGUGCGAGCCGAAGAAGUCGACUCUUUCAUAAAAAAAUUGUUCGAUGUGGUAGGGUCGUCAGGGCUCACCACAUCGCCCCCCACUUCACCUACUGUAGUGGUGCAUUUGAGCGAGUUAGUAGAGCACUUGACGUUUAACAUUAGCGUGAGGCUGAUUGCCGGGAAGAGAUUUUCAGAUGGCGAAUACAACGAGAAAGGCAGUGAGGCUUGGCGUUUCGAAAAGGCUAUGCAGGAGGCUAUGCAUCUCCUUGGCAAUUUUGUUUGGUCGGAUGCUAUGCCAUAUUUUGAAUGGCUGGACAGCUUGUUUGGGCCUGUGAGUUUCAUGAAACGCACAUUUAAGGAGCUUGACUCUGUGCUUAGCAGCUGGGUCGAAAGUGACUUGAUAGAUGCGAUGAUAUCCAACUUUGGAGAGGAGGCUGUCAUUUCUGGGCAUAGCUGUGAUAAUGUUAUCAAAGCAACAUCACUUAUUCUCAUCAUAGGUGGCACACAAAGCACUUCUGUUGCACUAACAUGGGCACUUUCCUUACUCCUCAACAACCCAAGUGCCCUAAAAUCUGCCCAACAAGAAUUGGACAUCAACGUAGGAAGUGACAGAUGGGUUCAAGAAUCCGACCUUCCGAACCUCAAAUACCUCCAAGCCAUUGUCAAAGAAACCCUACGCUUGUACCCGUCUGUCCCAAUCACCGUCCACGAGGGCACGGAGGAUUCUCAUCUCUCUGGCUAUCAUGUCCCCAAAGGCACCCGUAUAGUGGUCAACUUAUGGAAAUUGCACCGGGACCCAAGCGUGUGGGCCAACCCUUGUGAGUUUCAACCUGAGAGGUUCAUGACCGACCAUGCUGACGUGGACUAUUUCAAGGGUUUUGAGUACAUUCCGUUUAGCUCGGGCAGAAGGUCCUGCCCUGGUGCGACACUAGGGUUGCAUGUGGUUCAGUUGCUUCUGGCUCGUUUGCUUCAGGGGUUUGAUAUGAGCAGAGUCGGUGAUGGGCCGGUGGAUAUGCGUGAAAGGGUGGGUCUUGCCCUAACGAAAGCGGAUCCACUUAAGGCCUUUCUUGCUCCACGCCUUCCUCUUCACCUGUAUCUGUGAACGAUAAUGCCUCUGAACGUUCAGCGUCAUGGUUUUACAUGGCAACUUCAAAGUUCUUCUGCCUAUUUAUUAUUAACUAGCCUCUAUGCACGUGCUUCAUGGAAUGCUAGAAGUCUUUUUUUUUUUUCUUUCUUUUUUAUCACAGGAAGUCUUCUAUUAAUAUCGAAAUAUUUUGUGUAAAGUACACAUAAGACUCAUUAUCUUUGUAAAUUAUGAGAACAAUUUUUAUUA